AUGUUUUUACCAACAAUAAUAAGUGUUUUAGUGCUCUUUGGAGCUGAUAAAGUUUCUGGAACAGCUCAAUGCAGGGACUGCGUUUUGCUUCGCUCUUGUCAGGGAGCGAUAGACUAUACAUCCGCGAAAAAAAAUAACGCGGAAGCCAUGCGUAAAAUAAGAGAGUCGUUCUGUGGAACACAAUUAAUUAACGGCGUCACAGCACCGAAGGUUUGCUGUUCUGAUUUUACAACCGACAACGCCUACGACAACCGUUGGGCCAAUUCUGAUGAUGACUUGAAGGACGCGAUUGCAUCCCACCCAAAUUUAAGCCUUCUUCCCAAGUCUUGUGGAGGUAUUGACGGAAACAGAAUUGUUGGAGGAAAAAUCGCUAAUAUCUACGAGUUUCCAUGGAUGGCACUAAUUUCUCAUAGAACACGUGAAAGUUCAGGAAACGAUAAUCUGCAAUUUAAAUGUGGGGGAUCAAUUAUUAACUCGAGAUAUAUUUUGACCGCUGCGCAUUGUGUCCACAAUAAAAAAAUUGCUGGUGUACGCAUCGGUGAAUUUGACAUUCGAUCUAAAGAGGAUUGCCAAGGAGAGUAUCCUCUUACUAUAUGCGAAUCACACAUUCAGGAUAUUUCUGUUGAAGAAGUGAUACCUCACAAAGAUUAUCAGCGCACACCUAUAGAAAAUGAUAUUGCGCUCCUUAGACUCAGAAAACCCAUCAAUUUGACACUAAAAAACGCAAAACCGGUCUGUCUACCAGUACCGAAAGAACUGCGCGAACUUCAAAUUACUAGCGGAGACAAGAGGGGAACAGUUACCGGCUGGGGUCUUACGGAGACAGGUUCAGAGUCCGCUAUCUUGAGGAAAGUUAACAUCCCUAUACUGUCUGCGGUGACGUGUCGCGAAUUUUACAACAAGAACUUAGCUCCAGGCAGCCCGGACAUGACCUUGAACAAAAUCUGUGCCGGUGAGAUGGAUAAGGACUCCUGCAGCGGUGACUCUGGUGGACCACUGAUGCUGGAAGAUGAAGUCGACGGUAUAUACCGAACGAUCCAAUAUGGUAUCGUCUCCUUCGGGCCGAGGCAAUGUGGAUCUUUAUUCCCGGGAGUAUACACUGAUGUCACUAAAUAUAUAAAGUGGAUUUUAGAUAAUAUGAAGGCU